AGAUGUACAAAGUUGAUAUAAUGUCUUGCGUGUCUGACCCCUUGCUGAUCGAGGAGGACGUCUUCAACUUGUGGCUGGCGGGACUUUCAGUUGAUAAAGCAGUGGACUACAGAUACCAGAAAGACUCGUCCUGCUCCUCCUUCGACCGGACCAUAGUAACCUUGGAUACGGAGGACCAAUACCAAACCUUCUCUCUCUUGGAGCCACUUCUCAGGAAACCUCCAGCGUUAGCUUCAUCUCCUGUGGUCAACAUGCCUUUCAUCACCGAUACUCUUCUGCAACAGUAUUACUCUCUAGAUGCUGAAGUUGCCCGGGAGUUGGUGGGUAGAGGACAGAAGAUGACCGCCAAGCUACGUAAGGAUCUAGACACAAUCUCUGAUAAAACUGGAAUACCGCUGAAGAGCUGUCUAAGGCAAUAUGAUAACAUUAAACGUAUUUAUAAGGAGGUAGAUGAGAAGGAUGGGAAGGUAUCUCAGAACAUACAGCGUUACUACGGUCUCAACCCCACCCUGUGCCAACAGUACGCGGCUAUUAUAUACGUGUUGGAUAACAGGAUAGACGUUGCUCCCAGGAAGAUCCCCAAUCUGACGUAUCCCGCUCUAGUGAAGUGUGUAGUUGUUCUCAUGUCGGAGUGGUGUAGAAUGUCCGAGGGAGCCUCAGACAUGGACAUAGACCGGACCUUCCUCAAGGAACUACAUAGUCUGAAAGACAGGCUCUCAGAUUCUAUGUUGGUUGGAAUGGUUAACCACGGCGCUGAAGCUUUCAAAAACAGUCCAGAGUUCCCUAAGAACUUCGUGAGCGAGCUAAGGAAGUUGGCAGUGAAGUUGAUGAGUAUAGGCUACAGUCUGGUGCACACUAAAGACUACACGGAUAUCUUCAUUGACCUGGAUGAGAUGAUCCUGUGCCCCUGGGCUGGUGCUGGACUGUCUUUCUCACAUCUGGAGCUAGGUCUGAGCACUCUGAGUGGGUGCUACGUGAGCGCUGUUCAGAACACUGGGUUAUCCUCGACAGUACCAGUAUUUGACAAGUAUCUCCGUUGUGUUUCAAACUGUUUGCUGGUCCUUGCUAACAGGUGAAACAAGCUCAACUAGCUCAACUAGCUCAACUAGCACAACUCCGGUCUGAGACAUCCUGAUCGGUUUGAUUUUAUGUCUUUCCUUGAUAAUAUUUGUCAAGCCUAUUGGCUAGUUCUAAAGUGAUGGAAAUGAAUGAAGGCCUGUGAAUUGGGAUUUAAAAGAUAUUUGUUUGUAAAGGACCUGACGUAAAUAUAUAAAAGUUACUUUUAUUUUCUAAUAAUUUAUGUAUAAUAAUUUAAGAUCGUGAACAUCUAUAAUUUGAUUCGUUGACGUAUCGUUUCAAUACCUUAAUUCAUCAUCAUUAUCCGCAAACAUUAAUAGUCGGGGUUGAAAUAAAGUUUAAAGUUCGUCCAAGCCAGUUUCUGUCAGGAACACUAUCUGAAUGUAGUUUAUUUCCAACUUCCAAUGUAGUUUAUUUCCAAUUUCCAACGACCUACAAUGUGUUUUUCGUGCAUAAUAGGUUAUUAUUAUUAUAUAUAUUCACCUAGAAUAUACCCCAUAUAUUGGGUAUAUUAGAGUUGUAACACAUGUGAUGUACUCAAUACACUAGUCUAUGUAAGAC